AUGUCUUUCGCUUUUGGCUUCUCGGGCGACGAUUUCGACUCGGAUCCGCUUCCUACAAAGGAGGCUCCUUCCACUCUGCAAACUGCUGCCGUCGUUUCACCGCCGAAAUUGCAUUCCUUGUCAGAAAUUACCUCCACUUUGCAUGAUGUGCGUCUAACUUUCGACAAUUACACCACCCCGAAUGGCAAUAUUGUGUAUCGGCGCGAGCUCUUCGAUAUCAAGCACCAGGUCAUGUCGGAGGAGGAUGAAGGUGAAGUGCAUCAGAUUUUGUUGGGCACUGCUGGGGCCGAAAAUGACGUAGACCUUCGAAAAAAUGUUUAUGAAGGUGGCUUCAAGCUGUGGGAAUGCUCGUACGACUUGGUCGAUGAGCUCGAGAGACUCGGGGCUGCUGGCGACAUCCGCAAGUUUUCGUCUUUUCUUGAACUUGGAGCUGGAACAGCGUUGCCUACAUGCUACUUGCUAAUGAUGCUAUUCACAAAGGAAACGGCUAUGCGCAACGUGAAAUUGGUCUUGUCUGAUUUUAAUUACGAGGUAUUACGUCUUGUAUGCGUGCCCAACUUGAUUAUUCACUGGGCGUCGACGUUGGCGCCGGAAAAGUUGGCCGAAUACAUGGUUCCUGAUAUUCCGUUGAGAAAUGACGAGUUGCUUCUUACGCCUGCAUUGCUUGAAGAGUUUUCAGCUCAGUUGAACGCACGCAACAUUGAAAUUUCGUUUAUAUCUGGUUCUUGGGGCCCUGACUUCGUUACGUUGGCAGCCGGUUUUGGUCCCGAUGUUAUUCUCAGCUCGGAAACCAUAUAUUCCUUGGACACGUUGCCUAUUGUUCUAGACACGUUGCUCCAGCUCCUUAAAGACAAGGAAAGGUAUCUUGCAUUGGUCGCUGCCAAGCACUAUUAUUUUGGUGUCGGUGGGUCUAUCAGAGAGUUUGUGGAUCGUCUUGAGGCAUGCAAACCGGACACCAUGAAAGUCGACACCAUAGGCCACAUGGGACACUUGAAGCGUGACAUUGUGCGUCUCCACAGAAAGUAG